GCGAAACGAAACAGCUGCUUCAAACUUAUCAGAUUACAAUGAAUUUCAAAAUAAAAUAGUUUUUUAUUGUUAGAUACAUUAGUGGAUAAUUUGUCGGUACUGCUCUUCGUUUAACAAAUAACGAGUUGAACAUGUUGGCGAUACUUUUGUUGAUGGCAACUGUGUUUGCAACCAGUCAAGCAUACUCAGUCAGACAGGCAAAUGCUUACAUUGACUUUAUUCUACGAGAACCAUUCAUCAAAGAAGCCCAAUACAGUAGAAUUGAUCCUUACAAGGUGCCUGACAUCCACGUUAGCCUAAUCAGCAGAAGAAUCACAGACAAUGAGGCCAAACUUACAAAGGGAUCUAUAUUAAAUCUAUCACGAGUUCGAAGAUCUGGAGAUUGCUCAGUACCCCUCUGGCAGUCAGCUAAUGUCACUUUUAAUUGCGUUCUUCAAUUUCCGGGAUUAGCAGUUAAUUAUACUGCCAAUGUGACUUACGACAGUAUGCAAUUGAUUUUCUAUCCAAAAGCUGACGUGAGAGAUACAGAAGUUUCCAUACAAAUAACCACUACUAAAGAAGAAAACAUUCCUAAUUUAAAGCUAUUUUUCGUUACUGAUGUUGGUCACAUGAAAGUUACAACAAAAAUGAUCACAAUUGGAGAUAUAUCAAAUGUCAUAACCCCACCUAUUCGAGACGCAAUCUUAGAACAAGCUACAACAAAUAUGCAUAAAGCUUUAAAUGGACGAUUUAAAGAUGCUCUUGCAUUUAGUAUCUACAAAACACCUGUUCCGUUUGUUGGAGAUUUUUCUCAAAUUGUAAACAGUAAAUAAUAAAAAAUAAACGAAGUUA